AUGGCCAACUUCUUGUCCGGGCCAUUGAUCGUAGUUCUGGGAGAAGCACGCAAUAACGCUCUCGUAUCUGGUUUUCUAGGCAUGGGCUUGGGUUUCCGGACGGAGGGAUCGUCUGGGUCCCUUGCUGUCUCCGGAGGAGGUGAAACAGUGCGUGUCAUCUGCGAGGGUUCUCUGAGCGAACCCACUUUCGAGAUCUCCAAAGUGGAGCCGUGGAACAGUGUGCGGGUUACCCUGAGCGUGCCUCGGGAGGCGGCUGCCAAGCUGAGUCGAUUGGCGGCUUCGAGAGAUCCUCAGCUUCGGGAACUGGGGAUUCUCUCAGUACAAGUCGCAUCCGAGCGAAUCUUCACCUUAUCGAACAACAACAACAACAAUAAUAGUAGCAACAAUAAUAGCGCCAGCAACACGGCCGGCUCCCCUACGAAUAACAUUGUUCCAAACGCAUCGAACAACGGAUUGUACAACGCGAGCGGCACAAACAGCUCGGCUUGCAGUAGUAGCGGCCAAUCGACGAACAAUUCGAGCGGCAAUACCACAUUGACAUCGUCCGCAUCGUCUCUGAAACCGAUAACGAAUAGUUCCGCGACGACCGGCAACGCAACCUCGAGCAUCAGCAACAACAACAACAGUUGCAACAACGUCAAUAACGGAAGCAACUUCGGCAACAGUAAAGUAGCUGCAACCAUGAGCGGAGCAACUCCAACCACCUUCGUCGCGCCUUACGCUCCACCGACCUCUACUCAGGGAAGUCCGAUGAGUAACGGACCGCUGAAUUCGUGCGAGUCUCUGGGAAGCUUCCCGACAUCUACGGUUCCGUCCUCUACAACCAACACUAACAGCAGCUCACAGGACGUUUUCCUGAAGCCACAUCCUGUGUCCGGGGGACCGGGCGGUGGAUCCAGCGGAGGAUUUCGUUCACCGAACGUCGUGGCGCCUCCGAAUUCAGUUAUUCCCCCCUAUCAAUCGCCGGGUGCAAAGCCUAACCACGCUUCUGUGCACGGUUCCUCCUCCACCACUGGAGGAAAGAGCACAAAGGCGGGUGGCAAAGGCCGUGCAGGUGGAAAUGGCAGCACAACUCCGGCCAUGACCCAAGACGAAUACGAGUCAAUGCAGGCGAAGAUAGCGGAGUCGAUCGAGAGCGUAAUUCAGACUCAGAGAAGAUUAUUCGAAGAGGAUCAGAAGCGCGAGAGAGAAAUGAAAGACUGCCUCAAGGUUGAAGCCGCAACGCCUCCGCUAGAUGGAACCAUGCCCGAAGUUUCCGAGGAGGAUCUCGACACGCUCCAGGAAUUGUUGCUAUCGCAGGGUGACCUUGACAUUUCCGAUGCAACACUCUCUGCCUUCGAAACGUCACCUCUGACGGAUCAGCCAGAAAACGUGCGGAAACAGCGGAUGCAGCAUCAACUUCAUCUACAGCAACAGCAGCAGAACCAACAGAUGGGUGCUGUGAAUCAACGCAAAAUGCAGGGAACAGGCGGCAUGAUGCCGUCGAUCAUCGAUAAUCGAAACUCGUCGUUGGUGCACAUGCUCGAUCGCAAAGGUCCCGAAGUGCGUUUGAUGCAUCAGCAACAGCCGCAGCAGCAGCAGCAGCAGCAAGGAGUCCAUGGCAUGCAGCAGUCGCAACAACAUCUGCAGAACCACCUGCAGCAGAACAAUAUUUAUCAACAGCAGCCGCAGAUGCAGCAACCUAUGCAGCAGAUGUACAGAAUUCAGCAUCAACAGCAGCAGCCACAACAAUUCGGCAACGUUCCCGCAGGUGGUAUGAUGCAGCAGCAAGCCCAACAGCAACCGCAGCAACAGCAAACUCAGUUCCAGGUGCGCGGUGCCCAGCGAAUGAUGGGACCGAUGCAGACGCAGCUCAUGAACCCUCAACAGCGAAUCCAGAUCAUGCAGCAACAACAGGUCAAUAUGCAGCUGCAACAACAAAAUCCGCAGCAGCAACAGCAACAACAAGGCAUGAUGCAGCAGAUGCAGGGCCAGCCGCCGAUGCAGCAGCGGUUAGCGAUGCAACAGCAGCAGCUUGGCCAGCCGCAGCAGCAACCGCAGCCACAGCAGAUGGGCCAGCCGCAACAGAUGGUUCAGCAACAGCAGAUGGGUCAGCAGAUGGGAAACCAGCAGAACAUGCAGCAGCAGAUGCAGCUGCAACGGUUACUACAGCUGCAGCAACAACAGCCCCAAAGCAUGCAGAAUCAGCCGCAGAUGCAGCAAGGACAUCAGCAGUUCAUUGGCCAACAGCAAGUCAUGCAGCAGCAGCAACAGCCCCUACAGCAGCAGCAGGUGCAGCAGCAGAUGCAGCAGCAGGGAAUGAUGCCGCAACAAGCGACACAGCAAGGCCUGAACAUGCAGCAACAGCCGCAUCUGCAGCCCGUUCAGCAAAACCAACAGAUGGUCUACAGGCAUCAAAUUCAGCUGCAACAGCAACAGCUGCAACAACAGCCCAUGCAACAACAUCAAAUAAUUAUGCAGCAACAACAGCCUUUGCAGCAGCAACAACAUGUCAACAUAACCAAUGGUCCCUAUCAGCAUCACAUCCAUCAUCAACAACAACAACAGCAGCAGCAGCAGCCACAACAACAACCUGGUGUUCAACAAAUGUCUCGUGCGGUUUCUAUGCAAAGUCCCGUAGGAAGCGGAGGAAUUCUCAUCAAUCAAAUGGCGAAUCCUGCGGGUGGAACGAUGAUGCAUCAAGGCCAGCAAGUGCAGGUGCAACAGCAGGUGCCGCCGCAGCAGCAGCAACAGCAACAAAUGAUGCGCCAACACCAUGUUCUCCACGCCGGGCCUCCCUCGAACCAUUCACCUGCGGCUGGAUCUCCUCAGGUUCGGAGCACCUCGGCGUCACCGUCUCCCGCAACGACUCCCGACUCUCGUGCUUCCCCUCAAAGCUAUAAUUGUAUUGGAGCAGGACCAUUGAUGGGGAUAGGUGGGUCUUCACCUCUUCAUCACCAAAACAACGGGCGAAGCAGUGCUGGCCCAACGCCCCCCUCAGCUCAACACAGUCCCAGUACAGACUCUCAGGAUAGAAUGACGCCACAAGGCAUGAUGGGAACAAUUCAACAGCCCAACUGCAUCGUGGGCGUUGUUGGAGGGGGUGGCAUGGUUGACGGUCUGAUUGGCAGUGAAAAUGCCGAUGCUAAAACAAUCCAAGUAGUCGCACUACCGAAAAGCGCUACGAAAAAUAAUCAAAUCAACCUAAUCUCGACGGUGACGCUGCAAGUGAAGACUGUCGACUCGGUAGAAGGGACGCACGCCCUAGAAAGUGGAUUCAAACGUAGAAUGGACGAUAUGCCCGGACACCCACAAGCUGCUGCAAAAGUUGUGAAGCAUUGA